CGUUGUCAGAUCGGUUUCUUUUGACAGAUCUGUUUUUCCAAAUCAAAAGGUUUAUAAGUAUUUUUUUGUCCUGGUCUGAACUCUCGCACUAAGCGUAUACAUACUGACGAAAAGAGAUUUAGGAAUGGCCUUGCCGUGAUAUUUGCCCAGAAUCUCAAGUCCUAUGAAUUAUAAAAUGGAAGGACAAGAUAGCACACUGGAUGACUAAGCGAUGAUUGGAACAAACCUUUGAUCAAGAUUGGUGAAGGAUCGAGAUAACUAUUGCGAUACAGGACAACGAUCAACUGCUGCGCCAAUAUCAAAAUUGAAUCCAAAAUUGUUUGUUGAUUCUGUCACGCAAACUGCGAAUUAUUUUUCUCGUAAUUACGAGGAUGACAAGCAGAGAACUAAAAGGUGACGAUCACAACAUAGGAUGUAGUAGUUAAAUUGCUUAACUGGCAUCUCAGUUCAAAUCACUGGACGGUAGUUUGAUGGCGACAUGUCAGGCAAUGAUGUACGACUUGGCCAGUAUGAGUUAAUCAAGUAUUCGUUUGGAGCUGUCCUGACUUGCACGGACGUAGCAACAGACAUAUUGAUAGCAACAAGUUACUAUCAACAUCGCCAAUUCAUCUGGUUCAGCUUUUGCGUCGCGUUUGCGGUGUUGCCAUCGGCCCUGUUAACUCUAGCGUACUUUUUACAAAGAUGUAGACAAGAAACAGCUAUCACACUGGUCAAGCAAUUUCUAUUCUUUGCCAAUCCAUGCGGAUCAGGGUUUCUAAAGAUCAAACUGCUUCUUGUCUGUUUACGCAAUUAUGAUGACGUUUGGAGUUAUCACGGCUGGCUUGUCGAAGAUGAGAAACUUCUACAGGACUACAGAGCGGAAAAAGUGUACCAUUUUGUAGAAGGCCUGUUGGAAAACAUGCCACAAAUGAUUCUUCAGAUUUACGUGACGAUUAUUCAAGAUGAGAAAAUCUCCGCCUUGCAGAUUAUUUCCAUUACUGUAACAUUUGUAAACCUUGUUUGGGUAUUAACCCUGUUCGAAUAUAGCAGUUUUGUUAAACAGGCAACACUAACCCAUUUCACUGCCAUAACAUUUUACAACGCUUGUCUCAUUGCCGCACGUGGGCUGUCAAUCGUAACUUUCCUUGUGGGUUUUAAAUGGGUCACUUCAGCAGUGUUGGCUUUCCAUGAGUUUGUUUGUAUUUCCAUCUACUUUUACAGAAACCAUGAAUACUUCAACGAGAAGGAAGUAUGGUGGAUUGCCUGUCUUCUCAUGCCUUGCUACAUUUUUGUGUAUUUGGGAUUCAAAGUCAAAGAUCUAAAUUCCAAAUUUUUCGACAUAAAACUUGGCAGAUCCAUUGUUUCUUCAUCACUGUUUUACCUGUGUUUUACAACUGAAAACGUUCUUAUGGUUUCGCUGUUUUUCUCGUGGUCAAAGACAAGCGAUUCGAGGUGGGAUCAAAGGAUUUCUAAAGUUAUCACUGUCUGUGUGAUUGUUUUAUCUCUGCUGGGCACAGUUAUACAUCUAGGAUUUACUUUUGUGUUCUUCCGCAAGUCAACCAGAGUGAGGCCGAGUUAUGAACAAGAAACCCAAGGUAUAGAGGCAAACCUUCAUUUAGACAAUCACAUGGACCAAUCAGGAUCACAGAUAAAUACAGACGACUCUAAAUAUGUCCUACAUUUUCCACAAAAGUAAGAGUAAAGAAAAAUGAUAAUAUUAAUAUAUUAUAACAACACUUAAUAAAUCGAUACAUGGUCAGUA